AUGGCCGUCCACCCCAGCCCAGGAGAAAAAUGGGCAGGAAAAGCUGCCCGGACCCUCAACCUGGUGCUUCGGAGAGGGAGGAUGUUCCCACCUGAUCGGGCCAGCAAUGCAUCCGGGGACUUUGGUGAUGGCCUCAAUGUGGAAGGUAGAUUGAAAGAAGGUUUCACAUUAAAGCAGAGAAGGGACUAUGUCACCACCACCACCAAGAGGCCAGGGACGACCAGAGCUCCUGCAAGGCCUGAAGAUGACUUCAACCUGGCUGAUGCCUUGGAUGAUGGAAACCACCGAGACGACGGCCCGAGGAAACCGAGUGGUGGAGGAGGAGGAAUUACAGACCAGGAUCUUGAAGACAUAUUAGGGGAUUAUAAGCCCGACAAGGGUAAAGGUGAUGGCAGGUACGACGGCAACGAUGGCACUGAAUCCGGCAUGUCGGCAGAGACGGGCACCAUCGCCGGCGUGGCCAGCGCACUCGCCAUGGCCCUGGUGGGCGCCAUCUCCAGCUAUGUGUCCUACCAGCAGAAGAAGUUCUGCUUCAGCAUUCAGCAUGCAGCAGAAGGUCAAGAGGGGCUCAACGCAGACUACGUGAGGGGGCAGAACCUGGAAGCCGUGGUGUGUGAGGAGCCCCAAGUGACCUACAUGGCGCUGCCGUCCCAGGCUGCACAGCCGCCAGCCGAGUCGUCCCGCAUCUGAGGCCUCGUCCCCACGGGCCCGCCGCCACACUGUACCUGCCACGCCCCCGCUUCUCCUCGAGGUUUCCUACGAGCUCGGGGCACCUGAGUUUGGUGUGCGUGCUGCUAAAGAAGUUGGUGUUGAAAUCCAGGACCUGGGCCUCAGGGCACCACGUUCCCUGGGAGCCUGCAAGGAGUGAACGACCGGGCCUCAGGCGCCAUCACGCGUACAUGCGCUGGCGGUGGGGUGACUUCGGUCCUUCUGUUAGAGGAACUAUAAGGAGCAAACUCCGAGCCAGUGAAUGACGCUGAACAAACUCCACCCUUGGACGUCCUCCUGGAUUGCAGCCCAUCUCCCUGCUAACCAGGCCCCAGGUGCAGGGGACUACAACUCCCAGCAUGCCAUGAACCCGGCUCUCAAAACAGAGGGGCUGCUGGGAACUAGGGCCAAGCUGAGUGGCCGUGUUGACCUUAAAGGGCUGAAUACGUGCGUGCUCUCUCGCUUUUCCAGCUUCAACUUGACUUUGGUGUCGGCUCAGAUGGGAUUAGUGGCAGGCCGUGUCAGCCAAUGAAUUGCUCACCUCCUUCUCACUCCUGUCACUAAGUCUCCUUAGGGUUUUCAUCUCUCUGCAUGCUUUUGGAUCUUGUCCCGAGUCCGGGGAACCCCUACUUCCCCAGAUUGCCCUAGGACCCUUCCAGUUCCUGGCGAGCUGACCCAAAUGUGGGUUUCUCCUUCAUUUAAGUAUAAAAUGAAUGUGAGGUAGUGCCAGGCUGGAUCAGGAUGGAGAAGCUGCGACUCCCGGGCCUCAACUCCCAUCUGACUCCACAGGCUGGGCACAGGCUCCAGGCUGACGCAGUGAGGUUUAGGAACCUUUUUUGUGGUCGAAGUGACUUUAUGCUGGGGGAGAGGGGCUUCCUGCUCCUGCCACAGGUUCAUUUUGCAGCGGAAGCCUCAGACAUCAGGAGUGAAGACUGAGGCCUGCAGUAUGCUGCUUAUAAAAAGAGGGGCGGGUGAGGGGGAGGCAGAUUGUUCAGUGAAAUACACCUGUUUGGGCUGUCUCUGGUGACCUAGCCUGUUCUGAUGACGAGCGUGGGGGGUAGCAGGACUGAGGCUGACGCUGUCUGGUUUGCAGUGCAGCAGUGCUGGUUUCCUGGUAUGUUCCCUCUGGCUCACAUGUGGUUGUAUCCGGGCCUCUGCUCUCAGCGGUUGAUCGAGUCUGUCACAGUGAGUUUGCAGUGUCAAAGAGCACUUCUGGAAGCAUCAUCCGCGUGGACAGGGAGGGCCCUAGCUCCAGAGCCUCCAGUGUCCCAUCCUACACGGUGGCCCCCCUGCAAGCUGAUGAGCAGCCCUGCUUGGAAAGGAAACAGCCACAGGCUGUGGGCCUACCCGACCAGGUCUGCCACAGCCAGUGCGCACCGAGGUAGGGCGUGGGCCAGGCCCACCCCUAGGCUCACCCACAUCGGCCAGGGGCAUAUGUCGAAGGCUGUGGGCCCUGGAGGCAGUGAAGUGACCUCCAAGCGGGUGAGAUGAGCCCACAGGGAGCUGCUAGCCUCAGGUGGGCCUCUUCUCCGCCCUCUCAGUGACUGUCAUCAGCUUUCCUGGCCCAGUGGCCCCACCUUAGUUGCAGCUGGUGGCAGAUUAGCCCACCUGUGGCCUGCUGAGGCAGAUGUGGCCUCAGGGCAGGGAAGGUAGGCCCCCAGUCCUCAAAUGCACAUGUCACCCCUUUGCAAGAGGCCACUGAGGCCUGGUACAGCUGAGCGUGCAUGUCGGUGCUGGGCGCAGCCUGGAGAGGGACAGGGACCCCAGGACCUGACGAGGGUGACCCACUGGGAGUGGUGCAUUUCCAUCCAGCCUUGGUAACCCCAAGGGCCACAUUCCUUCUGGAGACUGGGGGUGACCUGGGCCCCUGAGGUGUGGGCCACAGGGUCAGGACCGCUACCUUGGGGUCUCCACUCUAUCUUGUGGCCUUGACGACAUCUCAAGGUUAACGGCAUCUGAGCCAGAUGAUUACUAACUUGCUUUUAUGAUUAGUACCUGAACUAAAUCCUUUAAAGGCACUUGGGCUGCCAA